UUAAAUUGUUCGGUCUGCCUCAAUCUGUUAAAAAACCCAGUUACUAUAGCUUGUGGACAUAGUUACUGUGAAAUCUGUAUCAGUGGACACUGGGAACUGGAGGACGAAAACCCGGGCAAAGUCUACAGCUGCCCACUGUGUAAACUAACCUUCUCAACACUGCCUGUUCUCAGCAGAAAUGUCAUUCUCUCUGAGGUAAUAGAGGAGUUGAGGAAGACACAUCUUCAUUCUGCAGGCCAGGAAUGUGAUGUCGAGUGUGAUGUCUGUACUGGAGGAAGACACAAAGCUGUGAAGUCCUGUCUGCAAUGUCUGGCUUCUUUCUGUGAAAUCCAUCUACAGCCUCACUAUGGAUCCUCUGCAUUUAAAAAGCACAAAUUGAUCAAGGCCUCCAACCAGCUCCAGAAGAAGAUCUGUUCAACACACAAUAAACUUCUGGAGAUUUACUGCCGCACAGAUGAGAGGUGCAUCUGUUACCUAUGCACAAUGGAUGAGCACAAAGACCAUGAAAUUCUCUCCAUUGCAGCACAGAGAGCUGCAAAACAGAAAGAGCUACAGAACACCCAGCAAUCAUCUCAACAGAAAAUCCAGGCAAAAGAGAAGAACCUAACAGCGCUUAAGCAAGCUAUGGAGUCCUUGACAAAUUCAGAGCAGGUAGUGAUGGAAGACACUGAAACGGUCUUUGCCGAGCUGGUCCGUAUGGUUAAAGAGAGGUGCUCUGAAGUGAAAGAAGUGAUCAGAACCCAGAAGGAAGCUGAACUAGGUCAGGCAAGAACACUUUCAGACCAGCUUCAUCAGGAAAUCGAAGAGCUAAGGAGAAAGGACUUAGAACUGGAACAGCUUUCACAGAUUGAAGAUCACCUAGAUUUCUUGCAGACAAGCCUGUCAUCCAGUGUUCCCUCUGGGCUUGAAGAUGUACCUGAGACAGGCAUUAAUCCCCAAGCUUCAUUUGAGAAGGUCCAGCCAUGUCUUGCUGAACUGAGGAAAAACAUGGAAGGUGUUUUGACAAAGGAGUUGAAGAACAUAUCUGAUAUCAUAAAGAGAGACCAUAUUGUACCAAAAGAAGUACCCACAACAAGAGAGGACCUGUUGAGAUAUGCCUCUCACUUUCUACUGGACUCAAAUACGAUUCAAGGACAAAUCUGCCUGACGAGUUUAGGAAGAGCCAUAUCAUCUACAUUUCCUCAGUCAUUUGGCUUUACCUUUGGACAGCAUCAAGGGACACUCUUAAACCAAGGCUAUCAAAACUAUGGCCAUGUGUUAAGUGCACAGAGGUUGUCUGGUCGCAGUUAUUGGGAGGCUGAGUGGUCUGAAAGUGAUGCUGAGGUAAUCGUGGCUGUCACAUAUACAGGUUCUGGCAGGCUUGGAGAAGACCUAAUGUCCUGGGCCUUGCUGUGCUCUCAUGCAGGUUAUAGCUUCCAGCACAACAAUGUAAAAACUCAACUCACUAACGUCCCAGUUGUGAUGUCGCUUUUUGGAGAAAAAAGGAUCACCAAAGUCGGUAUAUAUCUGGAUUUUGAUGCAGGAAUUCUGGCUUUUUAUACACUCUCCGAUAGAAUUUCCCUUCUUCAUAAAGUUCAGACCUCUUUCACCCAGGCUGUGUGCCCUGCUUUUGCUGUGAGGGGGACUGGCAGUGGCACAUGUACUCUCAGUUCACCCUCAAUUGGGUCAUUCGGCAUUUAAAGGAGACAUAGAAUGGAAACCAUUUUUGUCUUGGUUUUGAUGAAUUAGGAGAGGCUGUGCAUAACCAAAGAGCUAUCAUGAACAUGAGUCAUGGUUGUGCCCUCCUUCAUAUGAAAAUCUUGAACUUAGAAAUAGCCACUAAAAGAUGGGCGAAUUAGAGAAAAGCCUGCUUGUUAUGACAAAUAUCGCAAAGCCAUUGAAGUUCAAGGAGGGCGCCAUUUAGUCAAAUGGACCAUUUCAAUACCCAGCCUAAAUAUAAGGUUUUAAUUGGGCUCAUACAAUUGCAAUUGAGUUAAAUUUUUAUAAAUCAAAGUUGAAUACCGGUAUAUAUUAUUUUAGAAAACACAGUGCGGUACUCAAUUCAUCCAACUCAUCAUGUCCUCUUUAAGCAAAAUCACUGUUUGUAAAUUGAGU